GCCCAUUUUGAACUACAAACAAGAACAAGAACAUAUGUCCACACCACACAAUCUCAAAUUCUCAUAUCUAAUCUCAUCUGCAAAAAAAUGGCGCAGUGCAUUACCAAUACCUUUGUUCAAGGAAAACCAUUCCUUCCACUUCCCACAAAAAACUUGCAGAAUCAAAAAGGAAAAAAAGUGGGCAAUUUCGGAGUGUAUUGUAAGAAGAAAGACAUACACCCAAAAUUCCAUGAAGAUGCUAAGGUUUACUGUAAUAACGAGCUUGUGAUGACAACUGGUGGAACCCAGAAAGAGUAUGUGGUUGAUGUUUGGUCUGGGAACCAUCCAUUUUACCUAGGUAACAGGUCUGCUCUUAUGGUGAGUGAUGAUCAGGUGGAGAAGUUUCGUAAGAAGUUCGGUGAAUUGUCACAGAUUAUGGAGAUUCCUGUGCUUAAAGGUGAGAUUGUUAUUCCUUCUAGACGUAAAGGGAUUAAAAGUGGUGGAGGGAAGAAGAAGUGAGUUAUUUGUGUUGGAAUUGUAAUUUGAUUGUAUGGUGUUUGUUAAAAUGUUUCUAUGAGUUUUUGUUUUGUAUUUUGAAUGAUUAUUUAUUUGAUGUUGUUUUUGUUAGUAAUUCAUGUUUGGAUUGUUGCGAGAUUGGUAUAAUCACUGUGAGCCAAUGUGAUUUUGGAUAACCAAAACUACAUUUUGGAGCUUCGGAACUCGUUGUGAAUCCAAACAUACACUUAUAUGAGAAACAAAUAUGGUUUUGGAUUCCCUAUUGUCUGCAUUUACGCAAUCAUGAAUCUCGACUAUUGAAUUGGAUGAAGUUAUAUUUUAAAGAAGAUUUCUUAAUGCUGUGUCUGUUUUUCAUCCAAUGGUUGAGAUUUGUUGGCUGUUGUUGUAAUGUGUGAUUCUUUCAAUUGUAAAGAAACAUGGUUUUUGAUAUAUUUCGAAAGGAACUUGCAUGUUGUGUAUGCUUUUUUAA